AUGGAUAAAGUAAAGCUGUUCUGGUCUAAAACUAACCGGUGGCAUAGAGGUCUAUUCAUCCUUCUGCUGGUGGAAUUAAGAGUGUUUCCAGGCGGUCAGUUGGGGUUCCAAUGCAAUGACCCCGCGCUCUCACAUCCUUUCAAUGGAGACACCAUCAGCUGGAAGUGGUUGCUAGCUACGUCGAUAUUCGUACCUUUAAUUGUUAUGUUAAUAGUAGAAAGAAAGUACCACAAUGAGAAGUCGUCAAAAUCCAAGCUGGCUGUGGAGUGGUUCAAGGAGUAUCUCUAUGGGUUGCUGGUCAACCUCCUUAUAGUGCAGACCCUCAAGCUUAUCGUUGGCUCACCACGGCCACAUUUCUUUGACACUUGCAGUCCGAACGAGGCACAGACUUGUCAAGAGUCUGAAUACGUGGCGAGCUACACAUGUACAAAAGCGCACUGGGUCAGUCAGUCGGACAAGAGCUUUCCUUCAGGACACACGUCUCUUGCAGUACAUGCUGGCGUUUUUCUAGCUUACUACCUCCACCGUCGUACGAGUAUGACGUACAAAGUGCUGGUCUUCCAAGUCAUCUUCGUGAGCACUGCUGUAGUAUGCAGUGUGUCGAGAAUGACGGAUCAUAGACACCACUGGUGGGAUGUACUGGCGGGGGCAUUAAUAGCUGUGCCUGUACUGUUUUAUACCAUUCGUUCCCUGUGCAACAACUUCGAGUGUUCAAGCAAUAGUUCGACCCCGGAUGCUCCGAUAAGUGUUGAAACUAAAAUAGUUAAUAUACCUUUAAUAAACGCGAAGGAAACAUAA